AUGGAUGCAUUCAGAGCAUUUGAAAAUGGGUCGCUCUUGUCCAGUUCCUCUGCUCCUGCGAGGUGGGAUCCCUUCCGUCGGCCCUUGGACUCCAUCCCACCCUGGCAGUUCAGGCUUCUGGCAGCAGUGAUGCUGCUGGUGACCUCCCUGUCACUUGCUGAGAACCUGGCUGUAAUCCUGGUAACUUGUAAGUUCAAGCAAUUGAGACAGCCUGUCAAUUAUAUUAUAGUCAAUUUGUCUGUGGCUGAUUUUCUGGUCUCAUUGACUGGUGGUACCAUCAGCUUUUUAACAAAUCUAAAAGGUUAUUUUUUUAUGGGAUACUGGGCUUGCGUAUUGGAAGGAUUUACUGUCACAUUUUUUGGCAUUGUAGCUCUCUGGUCUCUGGCUCUGUUGGCUUUUGAGCGGUACAUUGUGAUCUGUCACCCGCUGAGAAAUACACGCUUGAGGGGGAAGCAUGCAGCUCUAGGUAUUGCCUUUGUGUGGAGUUUUUCCUUCAUUUGGACCAUUCCACCAACAACUGGUUGGAGCAGUUACACCACCAGUAAGAUUGGAACUACUUGUGAGCCUAACUGGUACUCAGGAGCUUAUGCUGACCGUACAUACAUCAUUACGUUCUUCACCACCUGUUUUAUAGUACCCUUACUGGUGAUUCUGGUAUCCUAUGGAAAAUUAGUGCAAAAGAUAAAAAAGGUGUCAUAUGUACAAGGAAGGCUGGGAACUACCAGGAGAACCGAAAGACGAGUGACUAGAAUGGUUGUUUUUAUGAUCAUUGCCUUUCUAAUCUGCUGGAUGCCAUACGCUACCUUUUCUAUCCUAGUCACUGCAUAUCCCUCCAUUGAGCUGGAUCCUUGUCUGGCAGCAAUUCCGGCUUUCUUUUCCAAAACAGCUACAAUUUAUAAUCCAAUUAUUUAUGUCUUUAUGAACAAACAGUUCAGGCAGUGUCUGAUUCAAAUGUUGAGUUGCAGUGCCAUAGGAACUGCAGAGUCCAAGAUGAACCUGGCUUCAGAGAGAGCAGUGCUAACCCAGGACAGAAGAGGCAGCGAGAUGUCCCCCAUGGCAGUCCACAGCACCAUUUCUAAGAGGAAAACAGGAGAUGAACACAGAGCUGACAAUCUUUGGCUCUGUUGA